UAGAAUUAAUAAGUAAAAAAUGCCUAGGCUUAUUCUACACCCGGAAGGAUGCGGGUAGCUGAGAAAGUUCUGUUCUUAUCUCUCAUGUUUCAAUAUUGUGUUUAAAGGAAUACUUUGUUAGAGUUUAUUAUUACGCUUAUUUAUUAUUACCUACUGUACCUCAAAUGGUACAACUGUUAUUAUGGACCUAGAUCAAAGUUUUCUCUCAGAACUACCACUUCAACAUAGACAGAAGAUAUGUCGGCAGAUUCGUCAGAAACAGGUAGAUAAAUAUCUUGAAUUUGAGAAGUCAGACAGAGGGAGAGAACUGUUACCAAGGAAAAAUAAGAAAGAAAAUGUUCACUUUCCUGAGGCAUUAGUGCUACAAAAUGCUGUAGAUAACUUUGAUGACAGACAAGUUGCAAAAUGUCUUGCUAAUGGUUGUGACCCAAACUACACUACUGGUAACAGCACUUCUCUGCUACAUAGGUGUGCAGCAGAAGACAAUGUUACUGCAGCAGAAUUGUUGAUAUCUCAUGGAGCAGACGUAAAUAUACUGGAUGAUGAUUGGUGGACACCACUACAUACUGCAUGCUCAUGUGACUGUCCAGAAAUAGCAACUUUACUCAUCAAUAAUGGAGGUGAUGUAACUGCACUAGAUGUAGAUGGUUAUUGUCCCUUAGAUCAGGCAGCAGAGGGGUCAGAGGUUAGAGCUGUGUUAACUAAACACAUUGAAAAUAAAGGAUUGACGGAGAAAGCUCUUCAUGAAAGUCGACAGUUACGACCACAAGAGUUCUUAAACUAUAUCAAAAGUUUACCUAUAGCUAUAAAUAUAAACAUGCUGAAUAAAGAAGGAGUUACCUUGUUACAUAUAGCAGCAGCCAAUGGUUACAGAAAUUGUAUGAAAGCUUUGUUCCGGUAUAAUGCUGAUGUUAACAAACUAGAUAACUAUGGUUGGACACCACUACAUGUGGCUGCCAGGUUUAAUCAGGAGAAAUCAGUUGUUUUGUUGUUGAAGCACAAGGCUGAUCCAAACACAGAAGAUUUACUUGGCUGUAAACCAUCGGCCGUUACAAGCUCUGAUAAAAUAAGAGGAUUACUCAUGAAAUAUGAGAGAAAAUUGCAAGGAUCUGGACCAGUAUAUUUAGAUCUAUGUGGUGAGAAAGUUGAUGAGGACAAUGUAUAUCAUGAGAUAAGUGAGUCAGAUAUAGACGAGGGUGAUGAGUCGUGGCAGCUUGUAGGUGUUUUCAGGAUAAACAGUAAAACUGUACGAACAAAACAUGUGACAAUAUCAAAGGAAGAUGAGUUGAUAGAAGCAAGACAAAUGUAUGAACAUAUUGCUGAGUUCAAUAGUGGAGAUAAAAAUACAGCAUCCACCCCUACCACUACCACUACUACCGCCACUAUGUCUACCACAACCACUAUGUUAUCUCAAGAAGAAAGUGAGGAUAAGCAAGAUGAAGGUGACUAUGUCUCCAUGGCAAUCUGGAAAUCUGCAAAUGUAGAAAAGGGAGAUCUUGGACAGUGUAUGGCCAGUGAUAAUUUAGUGUCAGUGUCUGAAGUUAAAGAUGAUUCAGUACUGAUGGAGAUACAGAGAAGAUAUGAAGACAGACAGAUAUAUACAUAUAUUGGAGAUGUUCUGAUAGCUGUUAACCCAUUCCAGUCACUACCAUGCUAUGCAAAAGAUAUAACUAUGCUGUAUCACACUGCCAUCUCAGAGACAAAACUACCACCUCAUAUAUAUGGCAUUGCUGAGAAAUCAUACAAACGUCUUAGAUUCAAUAAGAAGUCACAAUGUCAUGUGAUCUCAGGAGAGAGUGGGGCGGGCAAGUCAGAGUCAUGUAAAUAUAUCAUACAACAUUUGUUACGUGUUGCUGGCAGUGAAGAAACCAACCUAAACUCUAAAAUCAAUCAG